AAAACUGAAUAAAAGCUGACAAUAAAUUAACACUCUUGUCAACGGUCUUAACUAUAGUUCUUACCACUCCUUGUUUAAAUGAUCAUGUCUCAAGGUUUCACUGGGCUUUGCUGGUUGUGCCAAAAACAGAAUGAAUCAAACUAGUUUAUAAUAAAACUGCAGGUUGUACAUGAAACAGCUUUGAUUACCUCUCUAUAUGUACCCAGUUUGUCCUGCAAGCAAUGCAAAGAGAGGUUAAGAUCACAGGACGAACAGGUAAAGGCAGUAAUGAAUACAAUUAUGAUCAGAAGGUAAAUUCACUAAUGCAAUUGACAUAAUUUACAAGCACCUUUUGCGUUUAUUGGCAGGACAGAUGGAAAAGGAAGAGUGACACAUCAAGUACAAAGAAAAACAAGCAAAGAGAAAGGGAGAGAAACAAAAAAACCUUUAAAACAUAAUGAUACUGAUAAUUUAUCCCCCUACAUGCUCUCUGUCUGGGAGUAUGAGGGUGAAAGGUGAAUGCAGAAAUCCCAGCAUGCAUUGCUGGGGUUCAAUCUGUCUAGACAGGUCCUGGUUGAUGGACCUUUUGACCAUUUGUCGCUGAUUUGUCUCUGAGCAGAAAUUGAGGAUGGAUUUUGACUUGCUGUAAAAGAAAUGUUUAUUAGCAAGAGUUAAUCUAAUCAACAAUAUCUUUUUAUUUGCAGUCCCCCCCUAUAUCAUCCUGUCCAGAUGUGAGGUCCGAGUUACAGACAACUCGCUUUCAGGGAAGACUGUCACUUCUUGGAUCUGUACAUCCAACACAACAGCAGAGAUGAAUGCAAAAUAUGCCUUGGCACUGAUCCUCGCUCUGCAGGUCUCCAUGAGCCUGUGUGAGAUUUCCGCACCAUCGCAGGAACUUGUUGAUAAGUAUGAUUCACUGAAAAGUACAUUCUACAAGAGGCUGCUGCAUGCUUACGGUAGUUUGCAGAGUGCCGCUGCUCCUUUAGUGGAGAAGGUUGGUCAAGGCGAGGGUGGUCAGAAUGUCAUGAACUUCUUCGAGGAUCUGCAGGGCAAGCCCGAGUUCCAAGCCUUUGUCAAGGUAGCCAGUGGCAUCGGCGAGGAGGCAGGUCCCCUGGUGGACAAGGCCCGCACAUCAGCGCUGGGUGUGUACGAAGAGUACCUGCGCCCCCACAUCGGCACCUACCUGAACGACAUCAUCGACCACAUCAAAGUCUACCUGGACAUGAUCGUGCCCGCUGAGUAAAGAAGACCAACUGGAGAAAAAAAAACCACCUGUCAGCAACCUGUAAUAGAAGAUAGCUCAUAGAAACGUCACCAGUCUAGGCCGAGAAGAGCAAUGCACAAUGCAAAUACAUGCCUAUUUUCAAAUCAAAUGUCUUUGCCAAAUCAUUCAGAAUUAAAAGCAGGGCAAACACGUCAACACCACCUAUGCAAAUUGUGCAUGUACAGUAUUUUGAGUUUGAUACACUAACCAAAGUCUGUGUGUGAUUGUGUAUGUAUAUGUGUGAAUGUGUUCAAUA